AUGACUGAUGUGGAUGCUGUUGAAGUGGACGAGGUGCGACGGGUGCUGCUCUCACUGGGAUAUCACAAUCCCUCCGCAGACGACAUUGCUCUAACAUUGCAACAAGUGCGAGAGGCCCGUUGUAGUGAGGCCGAACAUCAGUAUCAGCAACAACGGCAGCGGCAGCGACAACAAUCCUCCUCUUCUGUUCAGAGAAAUAAAAGAUUCCGUCCGUCAUCCGCUUCCCCACCACAUGCAGCUAACGAUGUGACCAUGGCUCCCUAUGAAAAUGAACUCAUGGAGGUGGAGAGCGACGAAGGAAGUUCGCAACAGACCUCCACCUCACAAAAGCAGUGGCCUGGUUUGUCCUCCCACUCUGUUCGUGGGGGCCGCACAACGCCGAUGAACUCAACAGGAACUGGGAGGCACCCUGGACAUGGGCGGGUUGCGGCGACUUGGGCCAAUCGAGAACACUGCUAUCCACUGUCGUGCCCCAGUGGUGGAAGCGUUGUGGUGGAGGGCCGUACACAGUCAAUGAGGAGGGAUCGUCAUAAUAUGCGUCGUGUGGACCCCAACCAAUCUUUUCCUGUGGGAGGUAACAAGCCACUUUCAGCGAAGGAGUCUAUUAUGAUUCCAAGAGGCGUUAGCACGAUAGGCGGCAUCAGGGGCGGUGGUCUGCAUCCUUUGGCUUCAGCGUAUCUGACCCCACAGGCACGAUUAGGGCGCCAUAUGGGGCGGUAUGAAAAGGAACUGAGGGCCCUAUACUUGAAUAAAUACGGCGGUGAGGAGUUAUCCGAGCCUUGGGGCGAACAUCUUGACGAUGAGGAAGACGAGCAUUGUGAAGAGGAUUACACAGAGUUUGGUUCCCAUGAGGAGGGCGGCAGGAACUUAGCCAUGUGUUACGAGGGUCGUCCACAGCACCCUCUGUCCACACCAGAGAUGCCGCUACGCCCUAGUCGCGUCUUACUAAGUCAGCGAAGGGCAAACACAAUUUACAGCUUUACAGGUGAUAUUCGUUACAAGUACCGUGGCGGAUUGGGCGCGCCUUUAUGCGCUGUUUUGGGACCAGACGGUUCUACGCUGCGACAUCGGUCAGAUCCUGUUCGUCGCGGGCAACAAAUGCGGGAGAUGUGGGAAAAGGACAAGUUUCUUACACAACAGGGUCGAAAAGAGGAUCGUUGGCGCGUGCGUCAAAGCAUGCUGGCGUGGGAGCCUUUGUGA